UCUGGUUUCGGGUUUCGCUUUUGAAUUUUAGGGUUUUAGAGACACAGACACCCCGUCCUUUAGUUAGAGUGGUCUAUGGAAAUUCCUAUCUGAAAAUUUUAGCUUGUAAUCCAACUCCAUGGAAUUCUUAUUGGCGAGAGACUGUAAUUCGGCUCUGUCCGAGUAUAUGAAGAUUACUUACGAUGAUGGAACCUCUUCUGACAUUCUUAUUUUGUCUGUCAAUGGCCAAUUUAAAGCUCAUAAAAGUGUGUUAGCUGCAGCUAGCCAAUUUUUCCAUUUUGUGUUAAAAGAUCAAAUAUAUGAUGAUUGUGUCAUCUCUCUUGCAGAAUACAGUAGUUGGCAAGUCCAAAAACUACUAGAGUUUAUCUACACUGGAAAGACAACCAUCAGUGCUGAUGAAGAAGAUUCAUUUACAAGCUUGUUGACAUAUUUAGAAAUUGGAGGAGUUAAACCAAACAUCUAUUCAUCAGAUGCCCCUACAGUUUCUGGUACUUCAGAAAACGACAAUGCUGAUGGAAUAUUAUUGGAAUUUGAAAAAUCAUCUGAUGUCUGCGAAGUGCCCAAGAAUUUGAAGUGUGAAAUUUGUGGUCAAGUUCUGAAAACUAGAACUGGAUUAAGAAUGCAUUUACUAGUUCAUCAAGGCUCCAAAGGAAAGGUGUUUACUUGUGAUGUUUGUGGGAAAGGUUUUAGUCAGGCAAGUCAACUGAAAACACAUAUGAGAAUUCAUACUGGAGAGAAGCCGUAUAAAUGUGAUGCAUGUGACAAGUCUUUUUCACAUGCAUCUACACUUUCUGAACACAAAAACUUGCAUGAUGCAAUUAAACCAUUUCAGUGUAAUGUAUGCAAGCAAGCGUUUGCCCAGCGAAAAGCUCUACGUUCUCACAAUUGUCUAGAAGACCCUCAGAAUUUUAAUAUUAAAAUGUUUCCUUGUCCUUGUUGUAGUAGAUCUUUUGGAUCUCGUAGAGGUUUGGCUAUCCAUAAGAUCCAUCAACAUGCCGAAACAUCUUGCGAACCCAUACUGCAGUGUGACCUUUGUUCAGAAACGUUUUCUAGUGAGUUUGCUUUUGAGACUCACAUGCAACAUCACACUUAGAUUAGUAGGACCAAUUGCGUAAUAAAUUUCCUUUGGAAAUCAA